AUGGGUAACCUCAUCACUCAGAGCCAGGUAUAUACCCAGCCUAGCAUGGAUAACCUCAUCACUCAGAGCCAGGUGAUAACCCUGGAAGGCUGGGUGGACAUCAUGUACUACGUUAUGGAUGCUCACUCCUUCUACAAUUUUAUAUAUUUUAUAUUCCUCAUCAUAGUGGGCUCUUUCUUCAUGAUCAACCUGUGCCUGGUAGUCAUAGCGACCCAGUUUGCGGAGACGAAGCAGCGUGAGAACGCGUUGAUGCGCGAGCAGCGAGCGCGUUACAUGUCCAACGACAGUACUCUGGCCAGCUACAGCGAACCGGGAUCCUGCUACGAAGAGAUGCUGAGAUAUGUUUCACACCUCUACCGUAAACUGACCCGACGAGUACAACGCAUGUACACAACCUGGCACAGUAAGCGUCGUAAGAAGGUAAACCCUAACGGAGGAGGAAGUGGUCCGGGGUCGGCCGCAGAACGUCCGGAAACGCCCCCUGGCUCCGCCCCAUACACAACCUGCUGCAGCAUCACCAGCGCCACCACUGUCGGCACAGCAACGGAGGACACACCCCCGCGUUGUGGGGAGGAGCUGGAGAUGAGGUCACUUCCUGUCCCGGGUCGUGACCCCUCUGUGACCCCUGGGCUGGGGUCGUCUCUCCUGGGUCGUCUGAACGGAGGGAUGAACUACCCCAUCAUCCUGCCCUCCUUUCCCCCUCCCCACAUACCUCCUCGGCCCCCACCCCACACAACCUCACAUCCCCCUCCCCACACAGCCUUACAGCCCCCUCUCCAGACACCCCCACAGCCCCCAACCCACACAACCCCACAUACCCUCCCCACACAGCCCCAGAGGCCCUCCCCACACAGCCCUCGCCCCUCUCAGAAAACAGUCCGGACCCCCUCAGCAAGCUGCACCAACUCAUGGGACAGCACAGCCAUCCUCGGCUGCUGUACCAGCUGGCUGGCGUGGUGCCCUCCCCUCUCCUCCUGGACUGUUGGGGCUGCCCGCUGUGUGCCCGCCCCUAGAGGGCAUGGAGCUGGACCUGAGCGACCUGAGGGGUCUAGGGGAGAGGCCCACACCCUGCACGACUUCCCCCAGGGAGGAGAGGGGCGCGGCGGGCGUGGGAGGCGCCGGCGGAAGGCAGGGCUGGGGCUCGGGGUGAAGAGGGCCAGUAACAGGCUGCUGGAUCUGGGGACAGCAUUCAGAGACAGACUGAAACGCAUCGUAGACAGCAAGUACUUCAACAGAGGGAUCAUGACCUCCAUCCUCAUCAACACUCUCAGUAUGGGGAUAGAAUACCAUCAACAGCCGGUGGAGUUGACUGAUAUCCUGGAGAUCAGUAACAUAGUGUUCACCUGCAUGUUCCUCCUGGAGAUGAUGUUCAAGCUGCUGGCCUUCGGUCUCUUCGGCUAUAUCAAGAACCCCUACAACAUCUUUGACGGUAUCAUCGUCAUCAUCAGUGUUUGGGAGAUCGUUGGGCAGGCGGACGGCGGUUUGUCUGUCCUGCGUACCUUCCGUCUGCUGCGGGUCCUGAAGUUGGUCCGGUUCCUGCCCGCUCUGCGCAGACAGCUGGUGGUUCUGAUGAAGACUAUGGACAACGUAGCCACCUUCUGUACACUGCUCAUGCUCUUCAUCUUCACCUUCAGUAUCCUAGGCAUGCACCUGUUUGGGUGUAAAUUUAAUCAGCAGAUGGAGAACGGAGACACCAUCCCAGACCGCAAGAACUUUGACUCGCUACUCUGGGCCAUCGUUACUGUGUUCCAGAUCCUGACUCAGGAGGACUGGAAUGUGGUCCUGUAUAAUGGCAUGGCCUCCACCUCUCCUCUCGCUGCUCUCUACUUUGUGGCUCUGAUGACGUUUGGGAACUACGUCCUCUUCAACCUGCUGGUGGCCAUCUUGGUGGAGGGCUUCCAGGCUGAGGGUGAUGCCAACCGGGCGGACUCUGACGAUGACAAGAGGUCUGAUGACGAUGGAGAGGAGGAGAAGAAGGAGAAGGUUGAAGAGCUGAAAGACACAGAGCUGAAGAUGUAUUCUCUGAUGAUGACGGCCAACGGUCACACGGACCGCAGCACUCUGGCCCCUCCAAUAACCAUCACGCGCACGGCGGCGACACCCGUGCCGACGCCCAAUGAGUCCGUUCUGGGGGAGGGGCUCGUGUGUUCAGACUUCGGGGAUUCUCGUCGCGGCAGCGCUGCUGCUUCCAUAGACCCCUCAGCCUACGACCAGCGCUCUCUGUCCAGCCCCGGCCAGCACUCGCCGCUCCCUCCCAGAGGUCAGGGUUCAGUCAGUGGGUGGGGCAGCAGGAGGUCAAGUUGGAACAGCCUCAGCCGCGCCCCCAGCCUCAAACGCAGCAAAACCAGCGGAGAGAGGGAGAGUCUGCUCUCAGGGGAGGGAGGAGGAGAGGAGGAAGAGGAGGCCUUAGAGCUUCUACAGGUGUCCUCUCUGGGCCCGUCUGUAACAGGGGAGUACGGGGACUGUAACGGGAGGAGUCUUCAUCACAUGACCUAUGACCCCAACAAGGACCUUUCACCUGACGAUGACAUGGAGGAGGAUAACCUGUGGUUCCGGGUCAGGAGAACGCUGCAGAGCUACAAGCCACGCUGGUGUAGAGAACAUGAAGACUGGAACCUCUACCUGUUCUCCCCUCAGAACUCGUUCCGUGUGUGGGCUAAGGGGAUGAUUUCUCAUAAGAUGUUUGAUCACGUGGUCCUCCUCUUCAUCUUCCUCAACUGCAUCACCAUCGCUCUGGAGAGACCCGGCAUUCUGCCUCACAGCACCGAGAGAGUGUUUCUGAGUGUCUCUAACUACGUGUUCACUGUCAUCUUCCUGGCUGAGAUGACUGUCAAGAUUGUAGCGUUGGGGUUCUGCUGGGGUAAACAGAGCUACCUGAAGAGCAGCUGGAAUGUUCUGGAUGGGAUCCUGGUGUUUGUCUCUCUGGUGGACAUCCUGGUUUCUCUGGCCUUGACCGGAGGGAACCGCAUCCUGGGAAUCCUCAGAGUACUACGACUGCUACGCACACUACGACCUCUCAGGGUGAUCAGUCGAGCCCCAGGGCUGAAGCUGGUAGUGGAGACUCUGAUCACGUCUCUGAGACCCAUCGGGAACAUCGUCCUCAUCUGCUGCGCUUUCUUCACUGUGUUUGGAAUACUGGGAGUACAGCUGUUCAAGGGUAAAUUCUACCUCUGUGAAGGCCUGGACACCAGAAACAUCACCACCAAGUCAGACUGUCUGCUGGCCAACUACCGCUGGACACGCAGGAAAUACAACUUCGACAACCUGGGACAGGCGCUGAUGUCUCUGUUCGUGCUGUCCUGUAAGGAUGGAUGGGUCAACAUCAUGUAUGAUGGUCUGGAUGCAGUGGGAGUAGACCAGCAGCCGGUGAGGAACCACAACCCAUGGAUGCUCCUCUACUUCAUCUCCUUCCUCCUCAUCGUCAGUUUCUUCGUCCUCAACAUGUUCGUGGGUGUGGUGGUGGAGAACUUCCACAAGUGUCGUCAGGACCAGGAAGAGGAAGAGCAGCGGCUACGGGAAGAGAAGAGGCUCAAAAUCCUGGAGAAAAAGCGCAGGAAGGCCCAACAGAGACCCUACUAUGCAGACUACUCCCCUGUGCGUCUCACCAUCCACACGUUGUGCACCAGCCACUACCUGGACCUCUUCAUCACCAUCAUCAUCGGCAUCAACGUCGUCACCAUGAGCAUGGAGCAUUACAACCAGCCACAGUAUCUGGAGGAGGCUCUGAAGUACUGUAACUACCUGUUUACCUGUAUCUUCAUCAUCGAGACCCUGCUGAAACUAGUGGCCUUCGGACUGCACAGGUUCUUUAAAGACAGGUGGAACCAGCUGGACCUGGCCAUAGUGCUGCUGUCCAUCAUGGGCAUCACUCUGGAGGAGCUGAAGAUGAACGCAUCGCUACCCAUCAACCCCACCAUCAUCAGGAUCAUGAGAGUCCUGAGGAUCGCUAGAGUGUUGAAGCUGUUGAAGAUGGCUACAGGGAUGAGAGCUCUUCUGGACACGGUCAUGCAGGCCUUGCCACAGGUGGGGAAUCUGGGUCUGCUCUUCAUGUUGCUGUUCUUCAUCUACGCAGCACUGGGAGUUGAGCUGUUUGGGAAACUGGAGUGUAACGAUAGUAAUCCGUGUGAAGGUCUGAGUCGCCACGCCACCUUUGAGAACUUUGGGAUGGCGUUUCUCACGCUGUUCAGAGUCUCUACUGGGGACAACUGGAACGGCAUCAUGAAGGACACGCUGCGUGAGUGUCGUCCAGAGGAGCGCUCCUGUCUGACCUACCUUCCUCUGAUGUCUCCGGUUUACUUCGUGACCUUCGUCCUCAUGGCCCAGUUCGUGCUGGUCAACGUGGUGGUGGCGGUGCUGAUGAAACACCUGGAGGAGAGCAACAAGGAAGCCAAGGAGGACGCAGAGAUGGACGCAGAGAUCGCGCUGGAGAUGGAGAGAGCUAGACGUCUUAGCUCCGCCACUAACGCGUCGGCGCUAGGCGGGGCCUACGUGGGGCCACGCCCACGCUCACCUGAUCAGGAGGAGGAGGGUCAGUGCAGCCAGGAGGAGGAGCUUCUGUCCCCAAGGAAGAUGUCCGUAUCCAGGAUGCAUUCUCUCCCUAACGACAGCUACAUGUUUCCUCCUGUACGAUCUGCUAGCGCCCCCUACCCUCUACAGGAACACAGCAGCCCCCUGCACCAACCCUCAGGCUCUGUGACAUCGGUGCACUCCCAGCCAUGCGAAGACCAGGCUGUACUGCCCGGCCUCUCUCACCCUGUUCCCGCUCACAUCGCCCCGCCAAGGCCCUCGCCCAGGGGGCUGCGUAGACAGGUGGCUGUGAAGGUGGACUCGGUGGAGGUUCAGAGUGUUGCCUCAGUAGACAGACAGGACCCCCUCUCAACCCUCCACCUGCUCUCCCCCUCCCGCUCCCCCUCUCCGCCCUUCCUCUCGGAUCCCGCCGACGAGGAGGUGUGGCACAUCACCAGCUCAGCGCGCCAUUGGUGGGACAGACAUGGAAGUGGGCGGUGUCACUCCCUCUCCCCCUACGCCUCCCCCGACUCCCCACCCUCCCUGAGGAGCCGAGGGAGUGCGCUCAGCCUGCUGGGGGCGGGGCUACAAGCUCACGACCCGAGGAAGGGCUUCAGCGUAGACACCCAGGGCUUCCUGGAUAAACCCCGUUGUCCUGACGACCAGCGACGACACUCCAUCGAGAUCUGCCCGUCCCCUCCGGAGGACCCGCUGCUACGGGAGGUGGACGGGGAAGAGAGGAGGCCCAGGGGUCAGGGGUCAGAGGUUAGAGGUCACAGGAAGAAGAGGAUGAGCCCACCCUGCAUCUCCAUCCACCCCCCGUGUGACCCAGCAGGCCGCGCCCCCUCGGAGCCGCAGGCAGACUGCAACCCGCUGCUGAGACGCAGGACCCCCUCCUAUGACGUCGCCGACGCACACACUCCCACACACAGGCUGACGCCGACACACUCACCGGUACGCACACUCACGCCUACACACACGCCAACACUAACGCCGACACAUCACCACACACUCGUACAGACUCUCCCCCACGCAGUAACACACACCCAGACACACACACACACACACCGCCUGCCCCAUGCACACACUCUUAUCCGUACACAUACUCUACCUCAUUCACACACACACACUCCGUCCCCCACACACACCCUGUCCCUGAACUCCGACACGAGACCUUCCUCUCUCUACAGUGACUACAAGCCCCUCCCACAGUUCACCUUCGACCAACCGGAGCACAGAUACACGAGUGGCAUGUCCGCUGGCCUAUCGAGCAAUGAACCAGCCACAAGUCCCUCGCACUUUAACAGCAGGGCGGGGUUUAGCUCGAUGAACAGGAGAACUGCCCAAUGAGAGACAGAGCCUGGUACUGUAGUAGGAGAGGGAUUCGUCAGAAAGACUAAACCCCAUCCAGAGGGUGUGGCCUGAUCUGGACAGAGACGGGUUGGAUGGAGAGAGAGAGAGAGAACGGGGAGAGCGAGAGGGAGGGAGAGAAGAGGAGAGGGAGAGAGGGGGGAGAGUGAGAGGGAGAGAGAGAGAGACGG